CUCAUAUCGCAAUCAUGUCCGCAUUGCAGACGUUCCUGCUGGUCGCUGACCAUGAUAAGCAGGAGGCCAAGCAGAUCGCGGAGCGAAUUGCCCACGAUGUGGAGAACAAGAAGACGACUCUGAUCGAGGUCGUGCAGUCCUUGGGAGAGUAUAUCAACGACGAAGACCCUAUCCUGCGCGGCAAGGCGGUGUCCUACCUUACCGCUGUCAUUAAAGCGCUCCCUCCGAAGUUCCUCACGAGGCAGCAAAUCCAAGUCCUUACCGCAUUCUUUUGUGACCGCAUCGAGGAUGGAGGGGCUGUUGCGGGGUUGGAGACACUGCAGAAAUUGGACCGGUUCAACAAAGCAUUGGCGGAGGAGGUCGCACAGGCGAUUUUCGGGCGCUUCCAGGAACUGCAGUCGAGGUCUCAGUCCCAACGUUUCCAAGUAUAUCAGCUGCUCAAUGAGUUGAUGCUGAACCACCGAGACGCUCUGCAUGAGAUGGGCGAUGAAUCUCUGGUGGGAAUAGUGGACCUUAUGACCGGCGAAAAGGACCCGCGGAACCUGAUGCUCGUCUUCUCGAUCCUAAAGGUUGUAAUGGUGGAAUGGGAUAUCUCCAAUCACGCCGAGGUCUUGUUCGACUCUGUAUAUAACUACUUCCCCAUUACCUUUAGACCACCUCCGAACGAUCCCUACGGCAUCACCGCGCAGGAUUUGAAAGAUCGUCUCCAGGACUGUAUCGCUUCCAACAGCCAAUUCGCGCCUCAUUCCGUCCCGUCUUUGUUGGAUAAACUUGACUCCACCUCCCCGAAUGUGAAGAAAGAUGCUCUUAACGCGUUGAUUGCCUGCAUCCAUGCCUACAAUGCGGAUGUUGUGUCCACCUACUCGAUCACAAUUUGGGAUGCCUUGAAGUUCGAGAUCCUCAACGCCCAGGAGGAGUUUCUCUCCGAGCUCUCUCUGCAGGUCCUGCGCGAUAUCGCUGCGCGCUUGUCGGAAGGUGUCACGGAAAUCUCCGACCAAUUGCCUCUGGCACAGUACUUGCGGCCAAUUACAAGGGAAUGUAACGAUCAGUUGCGGGAGCCCCAGCAGAAGCAAGCGAAGCCCGCCCAGCAAAUCCUCAGCUCGACAUCUGCCGCCUCUGCUGUCUCGUUUACAUUGGUCGUACGGACGAUGGUUGCACCGCUCCUGACCUUCUAUCAGGAAGCUGAUGGCAUCGCUAAACAGCGAGCUCUCCUGGAGACCCUAGUGGUUCUAUUCGACUCGGCCAUCAAGGUGUUUGGAGAGUGGAAAUCCUCCGACCCGGAACCCACCAUGGAGAAUCCUUUGCUUGAAUUCAAGGAUCAAUUCUCAGAGAUCUUUGGCCAGGCUCUGAUGGGUGUCAUCAAAGAAGAGGUCUCUUUCCGGACAUCUGCACUCAAGGGUCUUCUGCGCCUCUCGACCUUGCGCAACUACUUCCAAGAUAACGAGAUUGGCCUAUUCGUGCAGUAUCUCGAUGAAAUCCUCUUGAAAGAAGAAUCAAUUGGCCGGGACGACCUCAAAAAAGAAGCAAUCAACGCUCUGGCCGUGAUUUCGAAGCACACCCCCCGACUGAUUAUGGACAUCACCUUCCCGGCGUUCGUGGCGACCCUCCCUGAAACCGACGAUGGAAACGGCCCCAACUACAUCACGACGCUGGAAAGCCUUGCCCAAAUCAGUAUCGAAAAGGACAUCUUUGAGACACUGGUCCGACGUCUCUUGAGCAAGCUGACCGUUCUGCUGCAAAAGGAACAGCCUGGUAGUGCCGAGUACCCGCGGGCCCUGCUCUUGACAAUCCUCUAUGUGAUGAACCAGCGAGACAUGAGCAAAGACCCGAACCUGGAUCUCUACUACGACCGCAUCGUCGUCACUCUAUGCCGCAGCGCCGCAGCGACCGCAUCAGGCAAGGCAACCAACAACAUCCUAGCCGAUGCCACCGUCCUGGACAUCCUCGGCAGACUGUCGAACCUGAUCGUCCGGUCUCUCCCCAGGAGCAAACAAGACGAAGUCGCAGAGAACACCUACACGCUCUUCGCCAGCGCAGAAGACUUCUCCCCGGUGCCAUUCGCCCCAUCAACUAGCGACUCCCACGAGCGCACGAUGAUCCUCUCGACCUACCUCCUCGCAGGCCUCCCAGCCGACACCGCCAAGCUCCCCCACACGCACCCCAACAUGUCGGCCCUCCUCACAGACAUCACCAACCGCUCAAUCACCUCGUCCGAGUCCGGCGAACCAGCAACGCACCUCGCCUUCCUCCGCCACAGCGCCCUUCUAGUGAACAAGUUCCUCCCGAAGGCAGACCUCAACCUCGCAACGGACACAGUCUUCACCCUCCUCCACCAGAUCACCGAGCAACAAACCCCCCACACAACAGGAACCAUCAAAGCCGCCUUCUGGCUCACCAAAGCCCUCGUCCUCCGCCUCGCCCCCAAAACAACCGACCUCCUAACAUCCCUCCUCUCCCUCCUCUCCUCCCCCUCCCCCCAAACAAGCACAACAGCCUCCCGCAGCUUCUCCAUCCUCCUCUCCGACGACGACAUCCUCUCCCCCACAAACGGCGCCACAAUCCGCCUCCUCUCAAAGCAACGCGUCUUCACAACCCUCGUCCCCCUAAUCUCCACCCGCAUCCGCGACGUCAACAUCACCAACAACACCACCCCCAACCAGCAAAACCCAGACCACAUCAAACCUGCCCACCUAACAGCCCUAUCCGGCCUUCUCUCCACCAUCUCCCCAAAACUCGUAACCCCCGAACUCCCCACCCUCCUCCCCCUCCUCCUCCAAAGUCUCGACCUCCGCACCGCAGACUCAGACUCGCUCGCCGUCCGCGCAGCAACCCUCGAGACCCUAGCCGUCAUAAUCCGCGACAACGGCGUCUCCGUGAUCGAAGAGUGCGGACACGUGCAGAGCCUCGUCACGCGUCUGCUAAACACAACCACCACCAAUAACAAUAACAGCCCGCGUCUCCGCGCCGACGCAGUCAAAUGUCUGGCGUUGCUGGCGGCGGGACAGCAUUCUCACGCUGAUGCGCCUGCUGUUGCGAGAGCCGGGAAGCUGUCUCCGCUUUUGCCGGUGAAGAAUCAGGUGUUGCGGGCGUUGCGGUUUGUGUUGGAUGAUCCGAAGAGAGAUGUGCGGAAGGCUGCUGUUGAUGCUAGGGCGGCUUGGUUGAGAGGGGUGGAUGAUGCCCCUGAGGAGGAGGAUUGAUUAGAUUAUUGAUCUAAUGGUCGAUUGAUUGGUUGGAUGAUUGGAUAAAAUUCUGUUGUAGAUUUUCUGGUUUUUAGAUGUUACUUUUUUUCUAUUAUUGUUAUGCUUUAUGCUGUGUUAUGCUAUGCUUUACUUUUGGG